UGGUUUUUCAGGCCGUGGAGUCGAGUCAUCAGGAGAGCUGCGGACCGAUCCAACAAACUAUGGAGGUAGAAGGUGUGUGAGCUGAUGUGAAUCCAGCAGCAUGGGUCAGGCUGGGGGCAGAGAGAAGAGAGUCCUUCCCUCUAAAACCUCCCCGAGGGGAAAACCUGAGCGUCGGAGAGAAGAAAAGAGGAGAAAAUGUCGUCCUGGACCUGGACCUGGACCUGAACCUGAACCUGAACCUGAACCUGGACCUGGACCUGGACCUGGACCUGAACCUGAACCUGAACCUGAAUCUGGACCUGAACCUGAACCUGGACCUGGACCUGGACCUGGACCUGGACCUGGACCUGAACCUGAACCUGAACCUGAACCUGAACCUGAAUCUGAACCUGAACCCAGCUGUGUGUCAUUGAAGAGUGAUGCAUCAAAGGAUUUCAUUAUUCAUUUUAAAGAUCCCCGAUGUGCUCCCUCAGUGAGGAGACAAUCUGGACCUGGACCUGUACCUGAACCUGGACCUGGUCCUGGACCUGGUCCCAGUUGUGUGUCCUUGAAGAGUGACAGAUCAAAGGAUUUAUUUUUCACUUUUAAAGAGUCUCCUGGUUUUCCUUCAGAGAUAGUGGACCAGCAGAUCUCAGAGUCCCCCAGCGGUCCGUCUGUCCAGCAGCAUCAGACCCAGCUGGACUCCGUCUUUCAGCUACUGGAGGACGACAUCAUCAUGUUUGUGAAGGACGAGCUGAAGAAGAUCCUGAAGGUUCUGAGUCCAGAUUACCCAGAAUCCUCAGAGAGUCUGGAGAAGGACGAAGAUGAAGAGCAGAAGAGCAUCAGAGAGACAUUCAUGAAGAUCACAGUGAAGUUCUUGAGGAGGAGGAAGCAGGAGGAGCUGGCUGACCUCCUGCAGAGCAAUACCAUCGCUGCCGUUUGUCAAUCCAAACUCAAAGUUCAGCUGCAGAAGAAGCACCAGCAUGUGUUUGAGGGGAUCACUAAAGCAGGAAAGACAACCCUUCUGGAGCAGAUGUACACAGAGCUCUACAUCACAGAGGGAGGGACCGGAGAGGUCAACGAUGAACAUGAAGUCAGACAGAUUGAAGCAGCUUCCAGGAAACCAGAUGGAGCAGAAACAGCCAUCAGACAGGAAGACAUAUUUAAACCCCCACCUGGAAGAGGAGGACCAAUCAGAACGGUUAUGACGAAGGGAGUGGCCGGCAUCGGGAAAACAGUCCUAACACAGAAGUUCAGUCUGGACUGGGCUGAAGGCAGGACCAACCAGGACAUCCAGUUCCUGCUUCCAUUCACCUUCAGAGAGCUGAAUGUGCUGAGAGAGGAGAAGUUCAGCUUGGUGGAACUUGUUCAUCGCUUCUUCACUGAAACCAGAGGAAUCUGCAGCUUUGAAGAGUUCCAGGUCGUGUUCAUCUUUGACGGUCUGGAUGAGAGUCGACUUCCUCUGGACUUCCACAAAUCUACAGUCGUCAGUGACCCCAGAAUGUCCACCUCAGUGGACGUGCUGUUGACAAACCUCAUCAGGGGGAACCUGCUUCCUUCUGCUCGUCUCUGGAUCACCACACGACCCGCAGCAGCCAAUCAGAUCCCUCCUUACUGUGUUGACUUGGUGACAGAAGUCAGAGGGUUCACUGACCCACAGAAGGAGGAAUACUUCAGGAAGAGGUUCAGAGAAGAGAAGUCCACCAAAAUCAUCUCCCACAUCAAGACAUCACGGAGCCUCCACAUCAUGUGCCACAUCCCAGUCUUCUGCUGGAUCACUGCUACAGUCCUGGAGAACGUCCUGGAGAACGUCCUGGAAACCAGAGAGGGAGGGGAGCUGCCCAAGACCCUGACUGAGAUGUACAUCCAAUUCCUGGUGGUCCAGGCCGAACUGAAAAAGGUCAAGUAUGACGGAGGAGCUGAGACGGAUCCACACUGGAGUCCAGAGAGCAGGAAGAUGGUGGAGUCUCUGGGAAAACUGGCUUUUGAGCAGCUGCAGAAAGGAAACCUGAUCUUCUAUGAACCAGACCUGAGAGAGUGUGGGAUCAAUGUCAGAGAGGCUUCAGUGUACUCAGGAGUGUUCACCCAGAUCUUUAGAAAGGAGAGCGGCCUGUACCAGGAUCAGGUCUUCUGCUUCAUCCAUCUGAGUGUUCAGGAGUUUCUGGCUGCUCUUCAUGUCCAUCAGACCUUCAUCAGCUCUGGAGUCAACCUGCUGGGGGAACAAACAGACACCUUCUGGUGGUUUAAAACAAGAGCAGACACUCACCUCUAUCGGACAGCUGUGGACAAGACCUUACAGAGUCCAAACGGACACCUGGACUUGUUCCUGCGCUUCCUCCUGGGUCUUUCACUGGAGACCAAUCAGAACCUCCUACGAGGUAUGUUGGAACCAAAACAAAGAAUUUCACAGACUUAUCAGACUCUCCUACAAAGUUUCUGGGAACCAAAACAAAGAAGUUCACAGAACAAUCAGGAAAUAGUUGAAUACAUAAAGAAGAAGAUCAGUGAGGAUCUGUCUGCAGAGAGAAGCAUCAACCUGUUCCACUGUCUGAAUGAACUGAACGCUGGUUCUCUGGUGAAGGAGGUCCAAGAAUCCCUGAGGUCAGGACGUCUCUCCACAGAUGAACUGUCUCCUGCUCAGUGGUCGGCUCUGGCCUUCAUCUUACUGUCAUCGGGAGAAGAUCUGGAGGUGUUUGACCUGAAGAAGUUCUCAGCUUCAGAGGAGGCUCUACGGAGGCUGCUGCCGGUGGUCAAAGCCUCCAAGAAAGUUCUACUGAGUGGCUGUCACCUCUCAGGGAACAUCUGUCCACUUCUGUCCUCAGUUCUCAGCUCUCAGUCUUCCAGUCUGACAGAACUGGACCUGAGCAACAACGACCUGCAGGAUUCUGGACUGGAGCAGCUGUGUCCUGGACUGGAGAGUCCACAUUGUAAACUGGAGUCUCUCAGGCUGUCAGGCUGUCUGAUCUCAGAGAAAGGAAGUUCUUCUCUGGUCUCAGCUCUGACCUCCAACCCCUCCCAUCUGAGAGAGCUGGACCUAAGCUACAACCAUCCAGGAGAGUCAGCAGGGAACUUUCUGUCUGGACUGGAGGAUUCCUGCUGGAGACUGGACACUCUCAGGGUGGAGCCUGCUGGACAACGAUGGCUGACACCAGGUCUGAGGAAGUAUUCCUGUCAGCUCACCGUCGACAUAAACACAGUCCACAAGGAGAUCAAACUGUCUGACAACAACAGGAAGAUGACACUUGUGGUGCCUAGUCGGUCAUAUCCUGAUCAUCCAGACAGGAUUGAUUCCUGUGAGCAGCUUCUGUGUAGAGAAGUUUUGACGGGUCGCUGUUACUGGGAGGUCCAGUGGAGUGGAGGAGUUUCUGUAUCAGUGAGUUACAGAAGAAUCAGCAGGAGAGGAAACUCUGAUAACUGUCUGUUUGGAGGAAACGAUCAUUCCUGGAGUCUGGACUGUUCUCCAGGUGGUCAGUACCGUGUCUGUCACAAUAACAGAGUAACGUCCGUCACCUCCUCAUCUCCAUCUUCACACUCUGGCAGACUAGCAGUGUACGUGGACGUUCCUGCUGGAACUCUGUCCUUCUAUGAAGUCGUCUCUGACAGACUGAUCCACCUCCACACCGUCAACACCAGCUUCACUGAACCUCUCUGUGUUGGAUUUGGAUUCUACUGGUCUGGUUCCUCAGUGUCUCUGUGUCCAGUUUAGUCUCAAGAGUCUCCUGUCAGAGAAACUGUCUCUGUUGGAUCCUGGACUUGGACUCUGGUUCUGGUUCCUCAGUGUCCCCAUGAUGAUGAUGAUGAUGAUGAUGAUGAUAAUGAUGGUGAUGAUGGUGAUGAUGAUGAUGAUGAUGAUGAUGAUGAUGAUGAUGAUGAUGAUGAUGAUGAUGAUAAUGAUAAUGAUAAUGAUAAUGAUGGUGAUGAUGAUGAUGAUGAUGAUGAUGAUGAUGAUGAUGAUGAUGAUGAUGAUGAUGAUGAAUAAGAUAAUCAUCGUUUGGUUUAUUGUAUUUUUAUUUGAUCUUUUUCACUUUUUCAUUUAAACAUUACAUACUUUA